AUGUCGGACGCUAGCACUCUCAUCGCGUACUGCACCGGUCCUGAGGCGGAGCUUUUACCAAUUUCGAACCAGGGGGUUGGAUUGGAAGUAAGGGUAUGUACUGGAAACAGCAGACGAGUCAGCUUGUGGGAUGCCACUAAGCUAUCACGCGCCAAAUACAAGGUGAUAAGCGCCAAGUAUUUCCAGGCAUUGCGUAAUCACUCUGCCGGGAGUAUAGAAUUCAUCAGCACGUGCUGGACUCGAGAAGGACAUGCUCAGAUCGACCAUGUCGUCGGCAAACCAGGAGACGACGCCUUCAAAAGAGCUUCCGCGCGACGCGAGGUUAUCAACGCCAUCCUCGCCCUUGAAAACACCGGUGCCGAUCAUGAAGGAUGGCUCCAGGCAAUGUGGCCCUCCGAGUGCCCCCAAGUUUGCGGCAUCACUCCAAGCAUAAGGCUCGAAAGAGCAAAUGGUUGCGAAUUGUGA